AUGGAGAGUCUCAUCAAGCAGGACCUUAAGAUGGGGAUGAUGAUGGCUGUGUUCCGUGAGAAGGCAGAGUACCUGAUUGUGCAGGUCGUCAUGGAAUCGAGACAAGUGGCCUGGAUUCACAGUGAGGACAAGAUAGAAGGUGCCUUGGACCUGCAUGAGAUUCGGGAAGUGCGACCAGGAAAGAAUUCUAAGGAUUUCGAGCGGUGUAAAGACAGCAAGGACCAUCAAGAUAAAACCUGUUUCACCAUCUUCUAUGGAAGCCAGUUUGUUUUGAACACGCUGAGUCUGAGUGCUCCCACUGAGGAAGAUGCAGAGAAAUGGCUGAUAGGACUAGAACUGCUGAGGCAAGAGGCACUGGCUGCACCGACACCUGCCAUCAUAGAAAGCUGGUUGAGGAAGCAGAUGUACUCCAUUGAUCAAACUAAGAAAAACAGCAUCUCCAUGAAGGAUCUGAAGUUCUUGCUGCCACAGAUCAGUUUCAAGAUUCCUCAUGCUCGAUACCUGAAGGAUAAGUUUGAGGAGAUUGGAGUCAGGAAAGGUGUCCUGGACUUUGAGCAAUUUCACAAGUUCUACAACAUGGUUAUGUUAGAAAAUCAGAAGUGCGUCCUGGAUGAGUUUAAGGAGUCAGGCACUUUUGUUGUGGGUAACACAGACAAGCUUGACUCUUCCACCAUUCCCUUGUAUGACUUCCAGCAGUUCCUCCUCCUCCAUCAAAAAGAGCUCUGGGCCAAUGACCUUAACCAAGUGAGAGAGUUGAUGACAACUUUCAUUAAUGACAUGAUGGGGAAGACCAGUGACCCCGAGUUCACAGUCAGUGAGUUCCUCAGUUUUCUGUUCUCCAAGGAGAACUCCAUCUGGGAUAAGAAGUUUUCAGAUCUGCACAGCCUGGAUAUGAACAAUCCGCUAUCACAUUACUGGAUCAACUCCUCACAUAACACGUACUUGACAGGUGAUCAGCUGCAGAGCAAGUCAUCUUCUGAAGCUUAUGUGCGUUGUCUGCGCAUGGGAUGCCGCUGUAUUGAAUUGGACUGCUGGGAUGGACCAAAAGGUGAACCCAUCAUCCUUCAUGGUAACACCAGAACCAGCAAGGUCAAGUUUGUGGAUGUGGUGAAGGCCAUCAAUGAUCAUGCCUUUGUAGCAUCUGAGUACCCUGUGAUCCUGUCUAUUGAGGAGCACUGCUGUAUCGAGCAGCAGGAAAGAAUGGCAACCAUUUUCAAGGAGGUGUUCAAAGACAGGCUACUGACCCAACCUGUGGAUCCCAUGAUAGACCAGCUGCCCUCCCCCGCACAGCUUAAGGGCAAGAUCAUCAUAAAGCAUAAAAAGCUACGCUCUACAAAACAUGAUACUUUUCAGUUGGAUCAACAUGGUAACCAGCAGAAGGGGGCAAAACAAGGAAAUCUGUACAUCUGGGGUCCAGGCGAUCAGCAAUGGAACCGUCAUUACUGUGUGAUCUCUGAUGACAAGCUGUACUAUGCUGAGGAAUAUGAUGAGGGGACAGAGAAUACCGUGAACCCCUCAGAGCUGCACUUCUCAGAGCCCUGGUUUCACGGGAGGUUGUCAGAGGGUCGCCGGACAGCAGAGAGGCUGCUGCAGGAGUAUUGUUCUGAAUUCGGUGAAACAGAUGGGACCUUCUUAGUGCGGGAGAGCGAAAUCUCCCCUGGGAAUCUUGUCAUCUCCUUAUGGCAAGAAGGAAGAAUGCAGCACUAUCAGAUUUUCUCUGGAUCAAGGGAUGGAUGUCCCUUCUACUUCAUUACUGAGAACUUGUGCUUCCUCAGUGUCUAUGAGCUAAUUCAACACUAUCGCCAGAAUGCUGACUUGUAUGGCAACCCCAGCCUGACAGAUGCAGUGCCAUGCCCUAAUCCACAUCUCACAAAGAAUUGGUUCCACAGUACUCUGACCAGAGAUGAGGCAGAGCAUAUUCUGAUGAAAAUCCCACAUGAUGGAGCCUUCCUCAUUCGUCAGACUAAGACUAGGCAGUCCUUUGCCAUCACCUUCAGGGGUGAUGGGAAGAUCAAGCAUUACCACAUUGAAAAGAAGGGCUCCAUCUUCGUCUUGGACUGCUCCACAGAAUUUACAUGCCUAGUGGACUUAGUCAAGUAUUAUCGCAGGAACCCACUCUGCUGCACAACCAGGCUGAGAUACCCUGUCAGCAAGGCCCUAGUUGUAAGAGUGACUUCGUUCAUCAUAGGAGGCUGCAACCUUUGUGAGACACUUAAACUAAGACAACUGUACCUUUUAAAUUCAUAUUUGUUAUUACACAUUAAGAUGUACAUGAGAGAUGUGUGUGUUCUCCAGUCUCACUUUCUCUGUAUGUUUAAUUGUCUCCCUUAUGCCAUGACCUCCUCCACUGCCAUUCUCCUGAAGCUGCACUACUUCGAGCCCUGGUACCAUGGGAGGUUGUCGCAGGGCAGGAUUACAGCUGAAAGGCUUCUGGAGGAGUACUAUGCUGAAUUGGGCGGCAGAGAGGGGAUCUUCUUAGUGCGCAAGAGCGAAACCUUCCCUGAGAAUGCUGUCAUCUCUGUAUGGCUUGAAGGAAGAGUACAGCACUUCAGGAUGCAAUCAAAGUCAGAGAACAGACAGACAUUCUACUAUUUGUCAGAAGACCGACUCUUCUCUAGUAUCUACGAGCUCGUUAAGCACUAUCGCCAGAAUGCCGACUUCCAGGGAAAAUUCUUCCUGACGGAUGCAGUGCCUUGCCCUAAUGUACACCUCCUACAGAACUGGUUCUACGGUAAUAUAAGUAGAGGUGAGGCAGAGGAGCUGCUCCUGAGAAUGCCGCAAGAUGGAGCCUUUCUCAUUCGCCAGAGCGUGAACAGCGAGUCCUUUGCCAUCACCUUCAUGGCUGAUGGCAGUGUGAAGCACUUUCAUAUCCAAAAGAAAGGCUUGAUGUUUGUGCUGGACUGCUCGGCAGAAUUUGACAACUUAGUGGACUUAGUCAAGUACUACCGCAAGAACCCACUCUACCACACAACCAGGCUGAGAUACCCUGUCACAGAGGAGCUGGUGAUAAGACUAGACUCGGUAACAGAAGAUAACCCUCUAGGACCACUGUGUAAAGGUGUAUUUGACCUGUCAAAGUGCGAUGUGACGUUAACCGCUGGGAAGAACGGUCUGCCACAGGUUUUCACGCUACACGUGAAGGAGGAUGAGAGCGUGCUGUCCUAUGAUCUGGGCACCACCUCGGAGGACAUUACUGAAUGGUUCAGUCUAGCCUGGGAUGCCAUGUAUCGUGAGAAAACCAAGCAGUCUAAGGCAAGCCAUAAGUCACAAAAAAAAGAGAAUGAUAAGAAGCAUGUGGUGGCCAAGGAGAUGUCUGACCUGGCUGUGUACUGCCAGCCCCGCAGAAAGGACAUAUACAACUUUGAAAGAUACGACUACAAAGAGAUCCGCUCCUUUGUCGAGAACAAGGCACCGCUGAGCGACAGCAAAGUGCGUGAUUUCCUUAGGUACAACCGCAAGGCCCUGAGCCGUAUCUACCCCAAGGGCCAGCGUGUCGACUCCUCGAACUACGACCCCCUCCCGCUGUGGAUUUGUGGCUGUCACAUGGUGGCACUGAACUUCCAGACCGCUGACAAGUUUAUGCAGGUGAACAACGCCCUCUUCAGCCUGAAUGGGGGCACUGGGUAUGUGUUGCAACCAGAGAUGAUGCGCUCAGAUGGCUUCAACCCAAAGAUGCAGCAGGACAAGAAAGUCCAAUACACCGUCACUAUCAGAGCAAUCGCAGCCAGACACCUGCCAAAAUCUGACCACAGCAUCAAAAGUCUCUUUGUGGAAAUAGAGGUUUUUGGACUUUAUAUAAAGAACAGAAAUUUCCAGACCACAAUCUGCAAGGACAACGGGUUGAACCCAGUAUGGGCAGGUCGUCCAGUACCUGUCGAGUUCCUGGUUUGUGAACCGGAGCUGACCUUUGUGCGUUUUGUAGUCAAUGAAGAGGACAUGUUUUCAGACCCAAACUUUCUGGCACAAGCAACGUUCCCAUUUAAGGGCAUCCGUUCAGGAUACCGCUCAGUGCCUCUGAAAAACGGUUACAGUGAAGACAUUGAGCUGGCUUCCUUGCUUGUUUAUAUUGAUGUGCAACUUGGGGGAGUAGAAGAGGAGAUGAACUCAUCUUCCAGUCAACUUUGGAGAAGAACAGAGAGCGCAGCAACAAGCUCAACUAAGCAGCAUGAAAAUCUUGGAACUUGGGGCUCCAGGUGCUUCCUGUUCUCAGUGUUCCCCUCCCUCCAUGUGUACACCAGCACUACAAUGCCUCUCCUGUUUCAGUCUCAGGAAGAGGAACACGACAGACACCAAACCAUGAUGCUCACCAUGGAAAUGACCAAAUCCUCAGAGAGUCGGAGGUGGAGGGAGAAGCUUUGA